UGUAUAUACCUGUAUCUGCACAAGGAUGGCAUGGACCCACAUGCCUCUUUGGGCCGCGGUGUGGUACGUAUCGCCCCCACUUCUAACUUAAAAUAAGAACCUUGAUGGCCUCGUCUUCCGCAUGUCUCACUCUUACUCUCACUUUCACUCUCACUUUCAUCCUCACUCUGAUUCUCACUCUCACCACAUCCUCACUUUCAUCUCACCCUCUGACAAGGUGUGGUCUCUGUCUCUUCUCUCCGCCUCUCUCCCUCCAUCUCCCUCUCUCCCUUCAUCCCCCUCUCCCUCUCUAUGUCUCUCGGCUCAGCCCAUGUCUCCCACUCGUCCACCCGACGAACGACAUCCUCCGCCUCGACUCCCCGCCAACCUUGAUGGCUCACGUGUGGCAACCGCUGCACGCCAAGACAGUAGUCAACCACCGCCGACCACAUCGACAUGUCGAAAGCUGCCAGCUUUUUCUGACCCUUCGCCUCUGCAUGACACCCUUGGCCUGCCCCCGAGUUAGCGCUGGCCGCACGAGAGUCGGGAAGAGUGAGGCAUUUUCUCUCCUCCGGGCAACGGAACGAAUGUGAUUCUUGAGUGGUGCGUUGUGUGUGCAUGGAAUGUU